CCCAGCCCCGUCGGCUUCUCCGUCCAGGACUUGGCGAGCUGCGUCUCCGUCCAUCCACGCGCUCCUGGCCAUCUCAAUCUCAUCGUCGCUCAGCUCCUUUUCACCUUGAAUCUUUCGAUCUCAAAUCCUUAUUCUUGAAAUCUCUGUCUUGUCUUAUAAUUUCUUAGCCACUCCGUUUUAAUUAUGUCUCAAGACGCCGACGACGCUCGCUCUGUCGCUGAAAGCUUACCUGAUGCCCCUACCAAGCAGUCAUAUCGAUCUUUCAAGAAAAAGUUCGCGAAACUUAAGGUCAAGUUUGAACUACAGAUGAGGGAUAGCGAACUACUUGUUCGGGAGGGCUUGCGCAUUCAAGAUCUCUCAAACCGGAUUCAGGAGCAAAAUGACCAGCUUCUAGAAGUCCUUUUGGAAUUUAACGACAGUCUUCACAUCUCACCCGAAUUGCGGUACGAAUUAAGUGCCUCUGGCGAUGACGCUCUUCUGCCGAACGACGAAACAAAAGCUUCGCCAUCGUACAACGACCCGGAAGCAGCACAAUCGAUGCUAAAACAUGCCAAAGAUGAGGUUGCGACUGGCAACAUGACCACUGAAAGCUACCGUGACCUGGAGAACGCUGUCAAACAGGGCAAAGCGUUCGCGCCGCGAUUAGACUAUACCUCAUUGCUGAAAGUCCCGCAUACCUUGCCACCAAUGGAUGAAGAGGAGAUCUCGGCGGAUGGUGGGUUUGAGCAAAGCCUUGGGUUCUUCACCCCAGAACAUGAAACGGAGCAUUAUUUGGCCGUGGAUGCUAGACUGGGCGACGAAACCGCAGCCUUGCAACUCAGCCGGGCCCCGGAGAAAUCGACGUUUGCCGAUCGAGAGAGAGAGGCGGGUUUGCGAAAUUCCAUCUCCGUCUACAAUUGGCUACGGAGGAAUCAACCCCAUAUAUUCCUACAAGACAACGAGAAUGCUUCCGAGAAAUCCGGCUCUCGGCCUUCAAACUUGCGCACUUCUAAGAAAGUGACCGGGGGUACCCGAAAGGAUGAAGAAUUCUAUGACGACGACAGCGUCUUGAUGGAAACCGGUCCUACGCCUUCAGGCGCCAAGGGCAAACGCAAGCGCGAAGACGAGAGCGGAGGUAAAAGCAAAAGUGGAGGCAGCCGUUCCAACCGAAAGAAGAAAGAAGAGCCCUCUUCGACUGCAAAACGCUCGUCGAAGAGAUCUUCCGGAGUGGGAGCUUGAAGCUGCCUGCCUGCUCGAUACCGAUUCUCUAUGUCUGUGUAAUAAUCCUGGGAAUAGUUUGAUUUCUGUUUAUCUUUCGCGUAUGAUAUCUCUAUUGUGAUUAUUAAAUCAAGUGAAAUCUUGGCCUGCUUAGUUUCCCGAACGUAUUCUGUCGAUUUGUUAUUUUGAAUCUUAUUUUGAG